AUGUAUGAUCUAAUUUUUCAAUUCAAUAUUGAUGAUACCCUUAUAAGAAAGAGUUUAGAUAUACUUCAGACUUUUAUCCAAGAUAGAAAUCAUGAUUAUUUGAAAUUUGAUACACCUCGAGAAUUUAAAGAACUGCGUUUACAGAGAGAAGUUGAUUUUAUAACUGAACUGGAACCUAGAAAACACGUUAGACUUUUCCGGGAGGAAAUAGCUCUCCGCUUGCAUUAUUUCCAUGACUAUGUUGGCAAUACGGAUGACUUGAGAGGAGUUAGAACAUAUCAUAUAGUGGAUUUCGAACCACCUUUCGACCCCAUGGAUUUUAUCAAAACUUAUAUAAUGGAUUUGGCAAGAGAAUAUUUUGAGGGAGCUAAUGACAUCAAUCGUCUUGUUAGAAAAGUGGGUAAUAUUUUUAUUUAUUCUCAACUAUUUGUUCUUCCUUUCCCACAUCAAGUUCAUCAAAUAGAUUCCAACAAACAACAAGAAUCUGAACUAUCACAGAGGGGAAAUAUUCAAAAUUACAUUACGGUUAAUCCAUCGAUUUUUGAUUCAAAUCGUAUCCCUGCCUAUGCAAUAGCCAAUGGAUUUAUUGAAUCCUAUCGUUAUUUAAAACCUAUCGUAGUGGACGAAAAUAACGAAUACACAGAAUCUGUAAGGCUACAUCGCAUAAUGAGAAUCUUUCCACCUACUCCAACGCUUGAUUUGAUUCGUUUUGAUAAAGCGCUUAGUUACAAUGUGGUAAAUGGUAUCCUAUAUCCAGUCAUCGAUUUAGUAAAUUCUAGUUUCCGGGCCGAAAUGUUUGCUCAGGAUGACAAGAUCUUGAAUCCUGAUUACUGUAUUCGGGCUAGAGUUCGAGACUCGGUUUUUAGCAUUCCUGUUGAUAUGAAGUUUAUCGGUUUAUUUGAAGCUUUCAAUAAAAGAAAUUCGGAUUUUUCACAAAUUACAAAUCAAUAUAUUUAUCAAAUGUUGCAGUAUCGUUCAUCGAUCGGGUUUCUUUUCGAUAAAGAAUCUAUUAUGAUUAUAAAAUUGUUUAAUAGAGAAAUCCCUGAAUUAGAAGUUGAUGAAUUGACUCAAAUGAGAUUAGCCAAUUUAAAAUGCAAUAUUCAAUGUCUUAGAUAUACAGAAUGUAGUCCUGCUUUAGUGGUUUACAGACACAUUUUAAGUUAUCUUCAAAAUGUUACUGAAGAGGAUCGAGAUCGACUUCAUUCCAUAUUCAAGAUCAUGCGAAUGACUCCAGAAGAGAAAGGUAAGGUUCUCUUUGCUAUCAAUAAAUUUAAGAAUUCCACUGAAUAUAUUGAUAAUCUCCAAGCUUUAAAUGUAUCAUAUGAUGGAUAUUAG